GAAAUCCGACACCCUGAUAGUCCCACACCAGUACCAGCUCAGUAUCAAUACCACCUAUUUAUAAUUACACAAGUGCACUUUCGCAACCUCACACACCAUAUCAGCUAGAGAAUGCCUAUUUUUGUGUAGUGAUGUUUGCCGUCGUGCAGUAUCGUCUAUGAAGUCACCGUUCGUGGAACGCACUGUUUGUUCGCACAGGAACGAAACAACAAAAACAGGAUGGAUCCCCUAAUUUCGCACAAACAGCAAAGGGCUACGGACAUUCGCAAUGCCAUACGGGAGUAUCACGCCGCACGGAAUCCUUGGGGUCCGGAUCACCGGGCACAUGCUGUAUUCUUGGGAGUUCAGCGGAACAACGCUAGAAGAGGCUUCGCCGACGAUGACGAAUACAUCGAAAGGGGAUGUUGCUGGUACUUGGGGUGGUUGCUGCUACUGGUGAUGGCAUGCGUCGGAGUUUGGUACAGCUGGGACAGAGCAGCUAGCAGUGUACAGAAGUUGGUCGUGAGUUUUCCGGCACUGAGGUCCUUUGGCAAAACGCACUGCCAGGCUUCCUCGUUCGUUCAGGUAGCCAACUGUACGUUCAUCGAGACGGGAUUGUUUGUGGAGCGGCUGGGUCAAGUGCUUCAGAGCAGCUACGAUGAUUAAUUGACGACGAUGGUGGUUGUGGUGAUGUUCUGUGACAUGACUGACUAGUUAGUUGAAACAAAAGUAACCGAUAAACGUUAGCUUUGUAAGUUAAGCUAUUUGUAAUUUUUUGAGAUUAAAAUAAAAUUAAUAAGUAAAGUAAA